UGUUCUUUGUAGGCACUAGAGAGCGAGGAGUAAAGAGUAGAGCACUGGGAGGUGAUGUGAAGUCAAAGACAAAAAUGGCUUCCAGUCUUCGUGUCCGGGCGGUGGGUGGCCUUGGCUUCGGCAGGGUGUGGCUCGCGGCGUCGAGGAGUGCGGCGUCCUGUGUGGUGGGAAGUCGCGGCCACAAGCAGGGAUCGAGACAAAUGGCAGUGUUUCAAUCUCGUCCCUUAGUGCGAAACCUCACUACCACUUCGAAAGACACGAAGAUCGGCAUUAUCGGCAUUGGUCAAGUCGGCGCGGCAGUGGCGGGGAAUCUCCUGCAGAAGGGGUACCAGGUGACUGCAAUAAGUGACCCCGAAGCCUCUAGGAUGGCCCACCUGCCGUCCUCCAUCCCCCGCUGCUCCUCCCCCGCUGAGGUGCUGAGUCUCUCCGACGUGGUGCUGACCUGUCUGCCUAAGCCUACUCACGUGAAGGGCGUAGCGGAGAGCAGUGAUGGUCUGCUGGCAAACUUCACGGCUGGCAAAAUUUGGGUCGAUCACUCCACUACUGAAUAUGAACAAACGAUCGAAUACAUGAAGGAGGUGGAGGGCAAGGGCGGCUACAUGUUGGAGUCGCCCAUCACGGGAGGCCUGGAUGCGCUAAGGAAGGGACAGAUGGUGGCGUACGUGGGGGGACGGAAGGACGUGGCUGAUGCUGUUAUGCCUAUACUGGAGGCUUCCUAUAUGACGGUGUUCUACGUGGGUCCUACCGUGGGCACCGCUAUGGUCAUCAAGGUGGUGUCCAACAUGCUCUGCUGUGUCCACGUGGUCGCCAUGGGGGAGGCCCUCAUGCUGGGAAAGCGUGCCAACAUCGACCUGAGGACCUUCUGGGAUGGCAUCAGGCUGAGCGUCGGGAACAGCUUCGUGUGGGAGACGGCUGCCCCUGUGGUGUUCAACGGCGGGGAGUAUGACCCUGGAUUCUCCCUCUCCCUGCAGAACAAGGACUUACAGCUGGGUUAUGACAUGGCCAGGAAAUUCAAGGUUCCCAUGGCCCUGCACCAGCACACGCUCAGCACCUACAGGGCAGCGGAGUACCAGUUCGGGGAGGAGGCGGGCUGUUACAUAGUCCCUCGCGCCCUGGAACUUGCCUUAAACGAGUACCUGCAAAUCCCGGGCUUCUCCAGGUGGGAAUACAACAACGUGGUGGCUGACGGCUCCCUCAACGUCACCCACGAGGCUAUUGAAGACCCGAAGGAGGCGCAGAAGGAGGAGUAGGAUGGUUUUAAUUGAUUUGGAUGGUUAUCUUGUGUUUUCUUUUGGUGUUUUUCAUACUUUUUUUUCUUUCUAUUUUGCGUGGUGAUGGAUGGCUCUCUCAUCGUCAAAUGAAGACCCGACGGAGGCGCUGAAGAUGUAGAAUUGGCUUGGAUGGUUAUUCUGUGUUUUCCUUCCGUUUUCUUCUCGUUUUCUUUAUUUUCUGCUUUGUUGGUGAGAGAAGGCUGCCUCCUUGUCGUCCACGUGGCUGUUGAGGACCCGAAGGAGGCGCUGAAGGAGGAGUGGAAUUGGUCUGGAUGGCUUGGAUGGUCUGCACUGGCUUGGAUGGUCGUUAUCUCCGUUUUCUUUUAUUUCGUUUUAGAGUUUUCUUUCCUUUUAUUUCGUUUUUCAGCAUUUUUUUCAUCUUUUUUUCUUUUAAUUUACUUUUUUCAGGGGUGUUUUUCUUUUUUCUCGUAUCUGUUUUUUUUCGUUUUUCUUUUUUUAGCUUUUAUUUCGUUUUAUUUCCUUCUUCAGUACUUUUGUUUAUCUCAGGUUAUUUUUUUUUUCUAGGCAUUUUUUUUAUUUGUUGCAUUGUUCAUCUGUUAUAUCUAUCGUAGUUUCAUCUAUUGUAUCUCUAUUACCUUUCAUCUACCUUUUUUUUUUUUUCCUCCACGAGUUUAUCUUUCCAUCGUAGCUUCAGUGUUUGGCGAGGGAGACAAGCUACAAGAACGAAAGAAAAUACUGAGUUAUUAGUGAGAGAGAAAGCUGCGUGGCGUUCCUCAGGGCACUCCUCCCUCUUUACUGUAUCGUCACACCUGGAGAGGGCCACCUUCACAGACACACGCCCGGCACUGACUAAUAAGCAGGGCGUGUGCUUAUAGCGUGGGCGUAGGCGUGGGCGUGGGCGUGGCUUCCUCUCUUUACAAGGCUGGGUAACUGGUAUUUAUUUAUUCGUUUGUUUACUUGUUUGUUUGUUUAUUGUAUCGAAGGUUACUUGUGUGGUUUAAAAAAAAUACUAAUGUAAUUAAAUCAUAUGUAACAUACAGUUUUAUGGAAUGUUUGAAAAUAUGCAAGGAUUUAUUUAGUAUUUUAUCAAUUAAAGCUAUUUUGGGAAUUAAAUCCGAUAGAAUAAAUACGAUAAACACACACACACACACACACACACACACACACACACACACAGAGAGAGAGCUUAUGCAAAUUAUGCCUGAUAAGCAACUUGUUAUAUGAAGUAAGAUGAAAUGUGUAAUCUUUUAUCUAGAAUAUGUUUAAAACUCUUACGGAAAUAAAAUCUCAUGGUACAAAAGUGAUAAAUAUAUGCGUAAAAUAUAAAUCAUACCUAAUAUGCAAAUUGUUACAGAAAGUACAUUAGAAUAUAUAACCUUUUAUCCAGAAUAUGUAUAAAACCAAGGAGACAAAAUAUUGCAAAGUGGAGAAAUAAAAUCAGGUGGAAUAAAGCUGUACAAGAACCA